UGCCAGCACGUGGGCGCCUAGGCGCGGAGCCCGGUGUUCCCUGCGCUCGGCCUACCCAACUCCAUCCAAAGGCGCCGGCGGCCUUGCCUCACACCUUCGCCAGGCUCCCUACUGCGUCCGCGCGGCCAACCUUUUGUGCCGCCGCCUCCGCACGCGGCCUGUAGCCCUAGGCCCCCAGGGAUCCGGCAGCAGCGAGUUGCCGGCUUCCUCCAGGCGGCCCCGGGAGGCGGCGCGGCCUGGGAGGCGGGGACCCGGAGGGCCACAAGCGCUCCGCUCCCGGAAGCGGGUGGUUCUCUGGUUCCCGGAGCGCGGAUCCGCGCGGCAGCCUGAGGUCCAGCAUCCCAGCCGACGCCUCCAAGGAGCAGCGGGAGCGGCGCCCACGCCCGAGCAGCGCACCCCCCGGCCAACGCCCGUCCUGGCCGGCAAGAUGCUGCCGGUGUACCCGGAGGUGAAGCCCAACCCGCUGCAGGACGCGAACCUCUGCUCGCGCGUGUUGUUCUGGUGGCUAAACCCCUUGUUUAAAAUUGGUCACAAACGCAGAUUAGAAGAAGAUGACAUGUAUUCAGUGCUUCCGGAAGAUCGCUCCAAGCACCUUGGAGAAGAGCUGCAGGGGUGCUGGGAUCAGGAAGUUUUGAGAGCCGAGAAAGAUACACGGGAGCCUUCUUUAACGAAAGCAAUCAUAAAGUGUUACUGGAAAUCCUAUUUAGUGUUGGGAAUUUUUACGUUAAUUGAGGAAAGCACCAGAGUAGUUCAGCCCAUAAUUUUGGGGAAAAUUAUUGGUUAUUUUGAAAACUACAAUCCCACUGAUUCUGCUGCUUUGUACGAAGCCUACGGCUAUGCCGGAGUGCUGAGUGCCUGCACCCUCGUUUUGGCCAUUCUUCACCACUUAUACUUCUAUCAUGUUCAGUGUGCGGGGAUGAGGUUAAGAGUAGCCAUGUGCCAUAUGAUUUACCGCAAGGCCCUUUGCCUGAGUAACUUGGCCAUGGUGAAGACCACCACAGGCCAGAUAGUCAACCUGCUGUCCAACGAUGUGAACAGGUUUGAUCAGGUAACGAUAUUCUUGCACUUCCUGUGGGCGGGGCCCCUGCAGGCUCUCCUAGUGACCAUUCUGCUCUGGAUGGAAAUAGGAAUAUCAUGUCUCGCUGGGAUGGCGGUUCUAAUUAUUCUUCUGCCUUUGCAAAGCUGCAUUGGGAAGAUGUUUUCAUCACUCCGGAGUAAGACUGCAGCUUUCACAGACACCAGGAUCAGGACCAUGAAUGAAGUUAUAACUGGCAUCAGAAUCAUAAAAAUGUAUGGUUGGGAAAAGUCUUUUGCAGACCUUAUUACCAGUUUGAGAAGGAAGGAAAUUUCCAAGAUUCUGAGGAGUUCCUACCUUAGAGGGAUGAAUCUGGCGUCGUUUUUUGUUGCGAGCAAAAUCAUCGUUUUCGUCACCUUCACCACCUAUGUGCUCCUUGGCCAUGUGAUCACAGCCAGUCGUGUGUUUGUGGCGGUGACACUGUACGGGGCCGUGCGGUUGACGGUCACCCUCUUCUUCCCUUCGGCCGUCGAGAAGGUGUCAGAGGCAGUCGUCAGCAUCCGAAGAAUCAAGAACUUUCUGUUACUUGAUGAGAUAACACAGUGCAACCCUCAGCUGCCAUCAGAUGGUAAAAUGAUAGUGGACGUGCAAGAUUUCACUGCUUUUUGGGAUAAGGCAUCAGAAACCCCAACUCUACAAGGCCUUUCCUUUACUGUCAGACCCGGUGAGCUGUUAGCUGUGGUCGGACCUGUAGGAGCAGGAAAGUCGUCACUGUUGAGUGCGGUGCUGAGGGAGCUGCCCCCGAGCCAGGGGCUGGUCCGCGUGCACGGGAGGAUCGCGUAUGUUUCUCAGCAGCCCUGGGUGUUUUCAGGAACUGUGAGGAGUAAUAUUCUAUUCGGGAAGAAAUACGAAAAAGAACGAUAUGAAAAAGUAAUAAAGGCUUGUGCUUUGAAAAAGGAUUUAGAGGUUUUGGAGGAUGGAGACCUAACUGUGAUAGGAGACCGGGGCGCCACGCUGAGCGGAGGGCAGAAAGCCCGCGUCAACCUCGCAAGAGCCGUGUAUCAGGAUGCAGACAUCUACCUCCUGGACGAUCCUCUCAGUGCGGUGGAUGCGGAAGUGAGCAGACACCUGUUCGAACUGUGUAUUUGUCAAGCCUUGUAUCAGAAGAUCACAAUCUUAGUGACACAUCAGUUGCAGUACCUAAAAGCUGCAAGUCAGAUUCUGAUAUUGAAAGAUGGAGAAAUGGUGCAAAAGGGGACUUACACUGAGUUCCUGAAAUCUGGGAUAGAUUUUGGUUCCAUUUUAAAGAAGGAGAAUGAGGAGACUGAACCAUCUGCAGUUCCAGGAACUCCAGCUCUGAGGAAUCGCACCUUUUCCGAGUCCUCAGUUUGGUCUCAACAGUCUUCCAGACCCUCGUUGAAAGAUGCUGCUCCAGAGGACCAAGAUACUGCGAAUAUGCAGGUUACACUCUCUGAGGAGAGCCGUUUGGAAGGAAACGUUGGUUUCAAGGCCUACAAACAUUACUUCACAGCCAGUGCUCACUGGCUCAUCAUCAUGUUCCUUUUUCCACUAAACAUCGCGGCUCAGGUUGCCUACGUCCUUCAGGAUUGGUGGCUUUCAUACUGGGCGAACGAACAGAGUGCCGUGAACGUCACUGUUAACGGACAAGGAAAUGUAACUGAAAAACUCGAUUUAUACUGGUACUUAGGAAUUUACUCAGGGUUAACUGUAUCUGCCGUCCUUUUUGGCCUCGCCAGAUCUCUGUUGGUUUUCUACGUCCUUGUUAGUUCUUCACAAACUUUGCACAACCAAAUGUUCGAGUCCAUUUUGAGAGCUCCAGUAUUGUUCUUUGAUAGAAACCCAGUAGGAAGAAUUUUGAAUCGUUUCUCCAAAGACAUUGGGCAUAUGGAUGACUUACUGCCCCUGACAUUUCUUGAUUUCAUCCAGACAUUUCUACAAGUGAUUGGUGUGGUGGGUGUGGCAGUUUCGGUGAUUCCUUGGAUUGCGAUACCCCUGGUUCCCCUUGGCAUCAUUUUCUUUGUUCUCCGGAGAUAUUUCCUGCAGACGUCAAGGGAUGUGAAACGCCUUGAAUCUACAACUCGGAGCCCAGUAUUUUCCCACUUAUCAUCUUCUCUCCAAGGACUCUGGACCAUCCGGGCGUACAAAGCCGAAGAGAGGUUUCAGGAACUGUUCGAUGCACACCAGGAUUUGCAUUCAGAGGCUUGGUUCUUGUUUUUGACCACGUCCCGAUGGUUCGCUGUACGUCUGGAUGCCAUCUGUGCCAUCUUUGUCAUCGUUGUUGCCUUUGGGUCCCUGAUUCUGGCAAAAACGUUGGAUGCCGGGCAGGUGGGCCUGGCGCUGUCCUAUGCCCUCACGCUCAUGGGGAUGUUCCAGUGGUGUGUCAGGCAAAGUGCCGAAGUUGAAAAUAUGAUGAUCUCCGUAGAAAGGGUGAUUGAAUAUACAGAUCUGGAAAAAGAAGCAUCCUGGGAAUACCAGAAACGCCCACCGCCGUCCUGGCCCCAGGAAGGAGUGAUCCUUUUUGACAACGUGAGCUUCUCCUACAGCUUAGAUGGGCCUCUCGUAUUGAAGCACCUGACAGCACUCAUUAAGUCGAGAGAAAAGGUUGGCAUUGUGGGAAGAACAGGAGCUGGAAAAAGUUCCCUCAUCGCUGCCCUUUUUAGAUUGUCAGAACCUGAAGGGAAAAUUUGGAUUGAUAAGAUCUUGACAACCGAAAUUGGACUUCAUGAUUUAAGGAAGAAAAUGUCAAUCAUACCUCAGGAGCCUGUUUUAUUCACUGGAACAAUGAGGAAAAACCUGGAUCCCUUUAAUGAGCAUACGGAUGAGGAACUGUGGAAUGCCUUAGAAGAGGUACAACUUAAAGAAGCCAUCGAAGAUCUUCCUGGUAAAAUGGAUACCGAAUUAGCAGAAUCAGGAUCGAACUUUAGUGUUGGACAGAGACAACUGGUGUGCCUAGCCAGGGCUAUUCUCAGGAAGAAUCGUAUAUUGAUUAUUGAUGAAGCCACAGCAAAUGUGGAUCCAAGAACUGAUGAGUUAAUACAAAAAAAGAUCCGUGAGAAAUUUGCCCAGUGCACUGUGCUAACCAUUGCACACAGAUUGAACACCAUUAUUGACAGCGACAGGAUAAUGGUUUUGGAUUCAGGGAGACUGAAAGAAUAUGAUGAGCCGUAUGUUUUGCUACAAAAUAGAGACAGUCUAUUUUACAAGAUGGUGCAACAGCUGGGCAAGGCUGAGGCCGCUGCCGUCACUGAAACAGCAAAACAGGUGUACUUCAAAAGGAAUUAUCCAGAAAUUACUCACAAUGGGCAUGUGGUUAUGAAUGCUUCCAAUGGACAGCCCUCAGCCUUAACAGUUUUUGAGACAGCACUGUGAUUCUACCAUGAGGUCAACUCUAUUCCAAAUUUUCCAAUAGUCUUUGCACUGUGUAAACUACAUUUUACUUUUUUUUUUACACCAGCAACAAAUAUUUACAUACAAGUUGUUAGUCUAUUUGGAUUUUUUUCCCCCCACUUCACCCAAUGAUUUCAAGCUCUAACAAAAUGAUUUAUUAUUGUUAUUUAUACGUUAUAGUAUGUUUUUGUCUUAUCUGAAUCACAGGUACAGGCCACCAAUAAAAGCUGUUUACCAGGUUUUGUGCCUUAAAGAGACUCCAGAGCCAAAGCACAUUUUCUAAGGUAUAAGACAAAGUUGUCAUAGAUGUUUUUUACUGCCCCCAAAUUACAUAUUACUUUCCACUUAUAUCAGGGAUUCUAUUUACUUGAAGACUGUGGAAGUUAUCAUUUUGCCCUACCACUUUC